AUGUUAAAUUCAUCACCUCAUAUGAAAUCAGAUAAGCCUUAUACACAAAGUCCAUAAUAUAAAAAGCAAUAUCCUUAUAGUAUAGAUACAAAUGGUUCUGUCAGAAACUCUUUCACUUCUAAAAGUAUCAAAGAGAAUAGACUAAAUACAGAUCAGCAAUAAUUUAAUGAAGAAUUGGAAUAUUACAAGAAUAGAAGUGCAGAUCUUGAAAUUUAUUCAAGAUAAUUGAAAAAUGAAUUAGAUGCAAUGAUGAUAAGAAUGAGUAAAUAAGGAACUUUAGAUGAUAAGACAGAAUACAUUUUACAUUAGAAUUAAAUUCUUAAUUAAGAUCUAGAUAAGCUUCAAAAAAGUUAUGCUUAAAAAAAGACUGAAUGUGAAUUAUGGAAAUCCAAGUAUGAACAAUAACUAAAUAGUGCAGUAUAAUGUAUAUAAUAAUUUAUAAAUAAUCUAAGUAAAAGCAUAAUAUGAGUUGGAUUUAAAAAAAUUAAGCAAUGAAUUAAAAUUAUUAGAAGAACGAAACAAUUUAUUAGAGAAAGAGAGAUCUUAAGAAGUUGAAGCUACAAAGACAAAUUUUUCAAGUAUUAUUUUUUAUAAUAUGUAAAUUAGUAUAAAAUGAAUAGUAAAAACAUAAUUAUCUAACUUAAAUAGAUAUGUUAUAGAAUCAAGUAAGAAAGCUAAGAGAAUAUGCUGAUAUGAGAGAUAAAGAGAUGGAUAAUUUAGAAUUAAAAUUUAAUCAAAUUUUACAGGAAAAGGAAUACUUUGAGAAUUAAUUGUUAAAAGAAAAUGAUAUUUUAAGAAAUAGAUUAUAAGAUUAAGAAAGAGAAUUUUCUUUGGAUGUUAACAGUUUAAGAUAGAAAUAAGAUAUUAUUUAUUAGGGAUAAAUUGAGAAUCUAAAAAAAUAAUAUUCUACAUAAUCAGAGAUAAUGGAUUCAGAAAUUGAAAAAUUAAAAGGUUUAUUAGAUAUAAAGAAUACUGAGAUAGAAACCUUAUUAUUAUAGAAUAAAAGAAUGAGAACAAAUUUUGAGGAAGAAACAUAGACAAUAAGAACUUAAUUUGAGAUUUUAGAAUAGAAAAUGAUUAAAAAUGAAUAGAAGAAUUUAGAAGAAUAAUAGAAUGUUGAGAAAAAUUUAAUUAUUUAACAUGAAAAAAAUAUAGAGAAAUAGAAGAGUGAUUUCAUUAAUUAAAUAUAAAUUCUUGAAAAAUAAAUAAAUCAUUAAAAGAAUUAGAUUUUAGAAUAAUAAAAUCAAUUAAAUGAAUUAUAAAAAUAUAGUUAAUAAUUACUAUAGAGCAAUCAAAAAGAUUAAGAAAAAUCAUAGAUUAUUAUAAAUAAUUAAAAAAAAGAAGUAUAAUAUUUUUAUGAAUUUUAUAAUAGAUUUUAUAAUAAUCAGAAGAAUAUUAAAGUUAAAUUUAAAAAAACUAUAAAGAUUAUGAAUUAUAAAAGGUAGAAUUGAUUAAUUAUAACUAAUAAUAAUAAGCUUUAAUGAAUUAAUUGUAAUAAUAAAUUUAAAGUUUAAAUUAAAUAAUAGAAUUAAAAGAAAAACAAUAUGAAACUACUUUAAUAUAGUUUAAGUAAUUGAAUAAUUAAUCAUAUGUAUUAUUAUUAUUUAGAGUAUUAGAAUAAAUUGAUUUAAGUAUCUAAUGAGAAUGAAUAGAUAAAGAUUUAAUCAUAAAAAUAUAUAGAAGAAUUAGAAGAGUAAGUAUAAAUAUAAAAGGAGUAGAAUUCAGAAUAAGAAUAACAAUUAAUAUCUCUUUAAUCUACUUUGCAAAGAGAAAAAAUGAAUGCUGAAAGAUAAAUAAAAAAUCUAUAACAAUAAAAUAGAGAAAAAGAUUAGACAAUUGAAUAAUUAAGAAUCUAGAUUUAGACAAAAGAAUUAAAUAUUCACAAAUUAUAAAGUGAAUUAUAGGAUACUACAAAUACUCUAUCAAAUUUAUUAGAAGAAGAAAAGAAUAAGACUGAACAAGAAAUUUAGUAAUUGUAAAUUAGUUAGAAUGAAGAAUUAGCAAAUACAAAGAAGAAAUUAAAUUAAAAAGAAAAUUCUAUGAAAUCAGAAUUAGUUUAAUUGAAAAGUGAAUUGUAAACACAGUAAACUUUAAAUUCAGAAUUAAACAAAAAGUAUAAUUUUAGAAUUAUAAAUAUAGAUUAGAAUUAUAUGGACAAUAGAUUGAGUAAGUUGUUAAUAAUUCAAAUAUUAUUAAAUAAUACUAAGUCUUAUCUGAGAUUAAUCUUACAAAUAGACUUCAAAAUUGA